AUGUUGAUCGAUCCCGCUGUUGCAAUUGUAUGGGAUGUCUUGAAGAUGGUAGUUGUUCCCAUCAAGCGUCAAUUCGGAUACGUGAUAUCCUCCAAGAGCUACGCUCAGAAUCUUCAGAAGGAAGUCGGGAAGCUGGCGUACGAAGCUGAGAGGAUCCACAAUGCUGCCGAAGUGGCCAGAAACAAUCUUCAAAAUGUCUACAGUCACGUCAUGGAGUGGGAGGCAAGUGCUGAGCAGGCCUUGAAGGAGGCACGAGACCUGUUGGGCGAAUUUGAAGAGUCGAGCAAGACUUGCUGCCACGGGACUCUUCCCGACCCCUGUUGCCACUAUCAGUUCAGCAGGAAGGCCAAGGACAAGAUCAAGGACAUUCUGCAACUCGCUCAAGAAGGCAGGGAUUUCAGGGACAUCUCCUUCAGCGAUCCUGCUCCGGGAAAUGUCGUUGCCCCAACUCCGGCUACGAGAGAAGGCACAGAUGCCGUCCAGUCGACCACUAUGAUGGCCUCCGCUUCUUGUGCCUCGGAGUCAAUUAAGCUGAGGGAUGAUGGCAUCUUUGAAUCUAGAGCUUCGAUCAUACAGGACAUCAUAGACGCUCUUGCCAAUAACAGCAAUAGUGUGGUCGGAGUUCACGGGGUGGGCGGGGUCGGCAAGUCCACCCUUUUGGUGGAUGCUGAAAAGAGAAUAAGGGAAAAGACCUUGUUCGAUUUGGUCGCCAAGGCCGACGUGUCGGCAAAUCCAGACAUCAAGAGGAUUCAAGAAGAGAUUGCACACGAGUUGGGCCUAGACUUCAAGAACGAAGAGUUUGUCAGCGUGCGAGCGAAGCUUCUAUGCAAGAGGUUGGAAGCUGAUGGGAAGAAAAAAAACGUCCUCAUAAUACUGGACAACCUAUGGGAACGGCUCGACUUGAAAUCAGUCGGCAUUCCUUGCGGACAUGACAACAAAGUCAUAGGAUGCAAGUUGUUAUUGACGUCGAGAGAUCGAAAUGUUUUGCAAAGGGAAAUGGGCUGCGACAAGGAGUUCCCACUCGAUAGGCUGAAGGAGAAUGAGGCAAGAACAUUGUUUGAGAGCAUGGUGGGAGACAAAGUUCACGAGAACGAAUUCAGACCCUUGGUGGACGAAGCACUCCGCAAGUGCGCACGUUUGCCUUUGCUAAUUGUCACAGUGGCGAAACGUUUCAAGUAUGCUGGUUUAUCUGAAUGGAGGGAUGUUUUGAAUCAAAUUGAGCGGUGUUCAAACGAAGGAAUAAGUGCAGUGAUAAAUAAGAUGUUGCAAUUAAGUUAUGAUCAUUUAGAAAGUGAAGAGGCAAAAAGUUUGCUACAACUGUGCGUUGCUUAUGGCGUCUCUGAGCCCUCUCUUGAAAACUUGGUGAGGUAUGGCUAUGGUUUGGGGAUAUUUCGAAAAGAUAGCAGCAUGAAUGAAGCUAGGGAUAGGUUGAGCACACAUAUCCACACUCUUCAAGCUUCAUCCCUUUUGUUAGACAAUGGAGGCGCAGAUGGGUUCAAGAUACAUGACUUGGUUCAUGACUUUGUUGCCCAAUUCAUUUUAAGAGAUCGCCCUCUUCUCGUGUUGAAAGAUAAAGAUAUCUUGGCAACACAAUUGCAAAAUGAGAGGCUCAAAAGUUGUUCGGCGAUAUGCUUUCCCUAUAUUGACAUAAAGGAGCUUCCCAAAGAGUUAGAUUGCCCCGAAUUGCGCAUGUUUUUGCUUUUCACCAACAACGAACCUCUCGAGAUUCCAGAUUCAUUUUUCAACUCUAUGAAGAAACUUGCAGUCUUAAAUCUUACUAGCAUUCAUCUCACUCGUUCAUUGACGUCAUUUCAGUUCUCGGAGAACUUACAUACUUUGUGUCUUCAGCGUUGUUUCCUAGAGGAUGUGGCCAUUCUUAGCAAGUUAAAAGGAUUACAAGUUCUCAGCUUUGUGAACUCCAAUUUUCAACGAUUGCCGAAAGAAAUUGGGCAACUAACGGAGCUGAGGUUGUUGGACUUGAACCAUUGUUCACAUAUUCAAAUAAUUGAACCAGGUGUGCUUGAAAGAUUGAUCAAAUUGGAGGAAUUGUAUAUGGAGAAUAGCUUUGAUCAAUGGAAUGCCAUUGAGCAAACUCAACCAACUAAUGCAAGUUUGAUUGAGUUGAAUUGCUUGAAAAAUCUUUGCACUCUACAUAUCUCCAUUCCCGAUCCAAGUAUGCUCCCAAAGGACCUAGAUGUCGAGAAAUUGACCAAGUACAAAAUCCGAAUAGGUAAUGCAAUGCGCCUGAGAAAGCACAAAGGAUCAAGGGUUUUGGACCUCAAGUUGGAUCUAAUAAACGAUGUUCUUCGAACAGGAUGCAUACAAAGUAUCUUAAGCAAAACCGAUGAUUUGUUUUUGGACAAGUUGAGCAAAAGUGAGCAAAGUAUUUGUGCAUUAUCUCCGCAAGCUUUUCCAAAAUUAAAGCAUUUAUUGGUCCAAAACAGUCACUUUGUCCAUUACAUCCUUCGAUGGUGUUCUCUUAAUUUUUUUGAGAUGUUGGAGUCAUUACUUCUUGAGAAUCUUGUCAACUUGAAGAAGAUAUGCUAUAGCCAUAUUUCCUCCUCCAAGUCCUUUAGUACAUUAAAAGUAAUUCAAGUCAAAAGUUGUGACAAGAUGGAAGUUUUGUUUCCUCUUUCAUUACUAAGAGGACUUCCACAGCUAGAAGAGAUCAAAGUUGUAGGUUGCAAGUUAAUGCGCAGUAUUGUAGAAGCUGAUGAUUGUGGCAAAGUGGAGUUGUGUAAUUUGCAUGCAUUGGAAUUGCGUCACUUGCCAAAUAUCAAGAACUUUUUCACCGCCGGGACAACUCCUUCGAGUAGUACAUUAGAUGAUCAAGUUGGCACUCAAGUUGCAUUCUUCAAUGGGCAACAGAUUUCAAUCCCAUCCUUGGAGUCCUUGAAAAUGGAAGGACUUCCCAAUAUGAAAGAGAUAUGGAGUGAUGACUCUCCACUAGAGCUUAGCAAUUUGCAAUUUGUUGAAGUGGUGCAAUGCAAAUCUCUCUCGAAGGUUAUCAACUCCAAGUUGUUGGUAGAACUACACAAGUUGCAUAGUUUAUGUAUAAGAGAUUGCAAUUCAGUGCAAGAAAUUUUUGACCUUGAUGAACCAAGCGGCAAUGGAAAUGUUAAGACUUUGUAUGAGUUAACCACCUUGAAAUUAGUCAAUUUGCAGAGCCUGAGGUGCAUAUGGAACAAGAACCCUUACGGAAUAGUGAGUUUCCAUAAUUUAAAUAAGUUAGAGGUGGAUCGCUGCGACAAUCUCAGGUUUAUGUUUUUCCCAUCCAUGGUUAAAUCUCUUGUACAAUUGAGAGAUCUAAGGGUACAACAUGUCGAGAAGAUGGAGGCAAUCAUUAUGGAGGAAGAAGGGUUGGGAUUGGAAGCAUCAGAAACUCCGACAUUCCCCAUGUUAACCAACUUAACCUUAACUUCUUUGGAAUGUUUGAAGUGCUUCUCUCUUGAAAAGUGUUCACGAGAAACUCGGACUCAAGACUAUGUCAAAUCAAACUUUGCCGCACUCUUCAAUCAAGAGAUUUCAAUCCCAUCCUUGGAGUCCUUGACAAUGGAAGGACUUCCCAAUAUAAAAGAAAUAUGGAGUGAUCAAUCUCUAUUGGGGCUGAGCAAUCUUCGAUCUCUUAAAGUGGUGCAGUGCAAAUCUUUGUCAAAGGUUAUUAGCUUUGAGUCGCUGGUAAAACUACAUGAGUUACACAAUUUAAGCAUAUCAAAUUGCCAUUCGGUGCAAGAAAUUUUCGAUCUUGACAGACCAAGCGCUAGUGGAGAUGUUGAGACUCUGUCUGAGUUGACCACCUUUGAUUUAAGGGGACUAGGGAGCUUGAGAUGCAUAUGGAACAAGAAUCCUUGUGGAAUAGUGAGUUUCCAUAAUUUAAAGAAGUUGGAGGUGCAUAACUGUCCCAACCUUAGGUUUAUGUUUUUCCCAACCAUGGUUAAAUCUCUUGAACUCUUGAGAGAUCUAACAGUAAAAUGUUGCAAGAAAAUGGAGGCAAUCAUUAUGGAGGAAGAAGGGUCGGGAUUGGAAACAUCAAAAACUCUGGCAUUCCCGAUGUUGACCAACUUAAACUUACAACGUUUGGAAAGUUUGAUGUGCUUCUCUUGUGGAAAGCAUUCACAAGAAGCUCGAAGUCAGGACUACAUCAAAUCAAGCUCCAAUGCACUCUUCGGUCGACAGGUUGCUUUUCCUAGCUUGGAGACCUUACAUAUCAAUGACAUGGAUAACAUUGAGAUGAUUUGGGACAAUCAAGCUAUUGCAAAUUCUUUCCCCAAGCUAAAAUCUCUUUUUGUGGAUAAAUGCAAUAAGUUUGUGACCGUUGUUCCUUCUUACAUUCUAGGACGGCUCUUGUGCCUGGAAAGUUUAACGGUAAAAGCAUGUGCUUCACUUGAAGUUGUUUUCCAACUUCAACCACCAAAUCCUCUAGAUGGACAUCAUGUUGCUCUUUUGUUAAAAAAGUUAACGCUCUCAAAUUUACCAACGCUAAAGUGUAUAUGGGAUAAGGAAAUACACCGUCAAGUUAAAUUUCAAUGUCUAUGUUCUAUCAGUGUUUCCGAAUGCAAAAGCCUCACCUCCCUAUUUCCAACCUUAGUGGCCAGAGAUCUAAUCCAACUUGAGGAGUUGGAGAUCUAUGAAUGUGGCAUUGUGGAACUCAUUGAGAAGGAAGAAGGACCGGUUCCCAGGUUUGAUUUCCCCAAGCUAACCUCCCUCAAGCUUGAGCUUCUUAUAGAGUUAAAGUGCAUCUACACCGAAAGACAUGCUUUACAUUGGCCGGCGUUGAAGACCUUGGAGGUCCUUGGCUGUAACAAAGUGGAGAUACUUGUUUCGCAACCUAAGAAUGAGAUGCCACUUCAUAAGCACCCUCUCUUCUUCAUAGAAAAGGGUGCAUUCCCUAGCCUCCAAGAAUUAAAAUUGGAUUUAUCCAAACGGAUGGAGAUAUGGCAUAGGCAUUUUCAUGAUGGAGAAUUCUUCAACAAGCUUAGAUUUCUUGAGCUCCGUCAUCUCUCCCAGGAGUCUUCAAUAUCCACAUCAUGUUUUGUUGAGAGUUUGCCCAACUUGGAAGAGCUAGUUGUAUGUGAAUCUUAUCUAGAAGACCCAAGUAGCAUUAAAGAAGCCAUAGAAGGCAGAAGUCAUGAGCUAAAAGUGAUAUUACCCUUUUCAAGAUAUAUUCGACAUUUGCAAACUCUAGAUGUGUCACUCUGUGAUGGGUUAUCAAAUAUGUUCACACCAACAAUAGCUGAAAAUUUGGUGGCACUCACAAAAUUGAAGAUAAGCAAUUGUAGAAUAUUGACAGAAGUCAUUAGUGAUGAGGAAAGUGAGGAGGGGUGUAUGUCCCAAGAUGAAGUUCUUCUUCGAGGGACCAAUGGAGGCGCCAAAGCUAGAGAGAGUACAAACAAGUUUGAAUGA